UCGUUGUGCAGCGAGAUCCCAGCCUGUCCUGUGCUAUGUGCAUUCAGCGUGACUUCUCCACGAGCAUUUGCAAAUGAAAAUGGAGGAUAUGUCUUUGUCUGGCCUGGAUAACAGCAAACUGGAGGCCAUCGCGCAUGAGAUCUACACGGACCUGGUCGAAGAUGCCUGCCUGGGCCUCUGCUUCGAAGUCCACCGGGCGGUCAAGUGUGGCUACUUCUUCCUGGACGACACGGACCCGGACAGCAUGAAGGACUUUGAAAUCGUGGACCAGCCCGGCGUGGACAUCUUUGGGCAGGUCUACAACCAGUGGAAGAACAAGGAGUGUGUGUGCCCCAACUGCAGCCGCAGCAUCGCUGCGUCCCGCUUCGCCCCCCACCUGGAGAAGUGCCUGGGCAUGGGCCGCAACAGCAGCCGCAUUGCCAACCGGAGGAUCGCGAGCAGCAACAACAUGAACAAGUCAGAGAGCGACCAGGAGGACAACGAUGAUAUAAAUGACAACGACUGGUCCUACGGCUCUGAGAAGAAAGCCAAGAAGAGGAAAUCGGAUAAGGUGAGGAGCACGGCGGCAGGGCUCGGGGGCCUCGCGGUGGCCGCUUCGCGGGCAGACCCGGCGGUAAUCAGCUACGAGACGCUGGGCCCCGAGGAGCUCCGGACACUGCUCACCACGCAAUGCGGGGUCAUCUCCGAACACACUAAGAAGAUGUGCACCAGGUCCCUGCGGUGUCCACAGCACACGGAUGAGCAGCGGAGGUCGGUCCGGGUUUACCUCCUCGGUCCCUCUGCGUCCCUCCCCGAGGCGGAGGGCAGCGUGGAGAACGACAGCUUCGACGUGGCCGAGAGCCAGGCCAUCAUGAGCCGGCUCCAGUGGGACGGCUCCUCCGACAUCUCGCCCUCUGACUCAGCCUCCUCGAAAGCAAGUACGAACAACUCGGAGUCCCGCAAGACUAAGAAGAAAAAGCCCCACCUGGGGCUGGUGAGAGGCGCCCCGGGGCUCGGCUCCAGCACGAAGAAGAAGCCGAAGCACCCCGCGCCCCCCACCCCCAGGAUC